AUGUUACGGGUUUUGCUGCUUACUCUCUCUCUAGUUGCCAUUGCUCAUGCUGAGCUCUGCAAGCCAGAUGCACAGAAUGCUUUCAAAGUACGGCUUAGUAUCAAAACAGCUUUGGGAGAUAACGCAUAUGUCUGGGAUGCUAAUGAAGAGUACCUCUUCAAAGCAAUGGUGGCUUUUGCAAUGAGAAGAUAUUCCAGCAAGAACACAACUCAAAUUUCCAAUGUGCUGCUCUGCAAUGUGACAGAUCGGGUGUCAUUUUGGUUUGUGGUCACAGAUUCUUCCAAAAAUGUGACAACUGUUUCUGGAAGUGAGGUAGAGGCAGCCAUCAGGAUGAACCGAAACAGAAUCAACAGUGCCUUCCUACUGAGUGACAAAACACUGCAGUUCCUGAAAAUAACCUCAACCUUAUCACCUCCUGUUGAACCCUCCACGCCGGUCUGGCUUAUCGUAUUUGGUGUUGUUCUUUGUCUAAUUGUGGCUGGAAUUGUUUUCCUCAUUGCUGCAGGGAUUCAGCAACGUAAGAAAAAGAAUAAAGAGUCAACAGAGAGAGAAAAUUUAGAAGAGAAAGGCGAAGUGACAGUAACAGUAGAGAAUGGGAUUCCUUGUGAAACACUGGAUUUGAAAGCAGGCCACAUUAAUGGAGUCUUUGCUGCAGAUGAUGAACGGUACACGUCCUUAUGAAAUGCUGCCAUUGCUAUCUGGCGG